GGGUGGACGAGCUCACAGCUCACCUGGUGUUAAGUGGUUACUGGAGCCCAUGGACAUCUACAACGUAAAUGCGCCACCCACCUUGAGAUACAAGUUCUAAGGUCUCAGUAUAGUUACAACGGCUGCCCCACCCUUCAAACCGAAACGCAUUACUGCUUCACGGCAGAAAUAGGCAGGGUGGUGGUACCUACCCGCGCGAAUUCACAAGAGGUCCUACCACCAGUUUGAUUUUUAUUACACGAUGUUAUUCCUUCAGCGUGGAAGUCAAUCAUGAACAUUUGUCGAGUACGUAUUUCAUUAGAAAAAUUGGUACCCGCCUGGGAUUCGAACACCGGUGCAUCGCUCAACACGAAUGCACCGGACGUCCUUUAGGCCACGACGACUUUUAAAUUUCUGUAAGCGUCUUUUAAUAAAACAGUGUUGUAGAAAAGGAUUUGUGUUUUUUAUAAUAAGACUAAUAAUGCCAGCCGCCGCCUUGCAGUAGGUACAUAGUCGACUCUCACUGCGUCAUCAAUAAAAUCGCUACGUGUGACUACUGGAGAACUCGAAGCUGCUUGCGUUGUCAAAAUCAAUCGAACAAUUAUUAAGAAAUUAGUUUUAUAUAACAACGUAAUUGGAAAACGUUUACUGCACAAUAUUAUUUUGUUUUAAAUCCACGUGUUUUAAGUUCGGAAGAGAUGAAACUCAGAAUCCUAACCAUUAUUCUUCUACCAAUAAUUGAAGCUAAAAUAGCGAUUGAGAUAAUAAUGUCAAAAAGUGACAAUCAAAUACAAAUAUCCGGAUGUAAUUCUGACGUAAUAAGCGAUACAGAAACACUUACAUUUAACCUGACCGAUGCUAAUCUUAAAAACGCUGUGGAAAAACUAUUCGGUAGAAAGCCUGACGAUGUAUUUCUCAAAAGCCCUACACCCUGGGGAGAUCUAUACGAGACAUACUCUUGGGAGGAAGUUGAGAGACAUUUCCGGCCGCAACGCGCCAUUAAAAACAUAAUUAAAAACAAAAUGGUUGUAUUGUCGCAACAAUUUUACAAUAACCAAGGUAAUUCAACAGUUUUUUCAGUGAAAAUUGAGGAUAAAAUCGAGAAUUAUGUUGCGUCAAAAUGGACGAAAGCUCAAGAAUUAACGGUGAACGACUAUAUCACUUAUGACAUUAAGCUUGACGAUUUUCCGAGAAUCUUAUUCAUAGCGAAUUACAAUCAGAACGCAAAGAAAUACGAAGUAGUAAAAAUCGAUGCCAACAUUAAUGUGCAUUUAGAACCAAACCAACAUAUUAAGGCCGAGUUGGCGGCAAACAUAACAACAAUUGAGGUUAUAAUUGAUUACGAGGCACACUUGACAGGUUUGACAGCUGUCAACUACGUCAGAAAAUACGACAAUCAUCAUUUUUGGGGUUUAGACAUUAACACCGUAAUGGCGGCAAGUAGAUUGAAACCAACAGUGAAAGUUAUGGAAGAGAUUACGAUAGAAUAUUAUUCGGAUGCGAAAAUUAUAAUCACAGAUCAGAACACUAGUGAUGUAUUAAAUACGUACUCCGUCAACUUUUUGUAUUAAAUAGUAAAAGUAAAUAUAUUCCUUAUUAAA